AUUGCAAGGGACAGGCUAGCUGUGAAAAAACCGUGCAUUGAAUAUUGAAUACACAUAUUUUUGUUUCAUACCUAGGGAAAAAAUAUAAAUACCAUUACAAUGCCUGGGAUGAUGGAUAAAGGGUCGGAAUACCUAGGAAAAGGUCGGUCUAACGGAACGAAAAGCCCCUCAAACGCCUCGAAUGGGCAUUUUUCUGAUGAGAGUGGCAGCGACGACGAGCACGAUGUCGGAAUGCGAGUGGGAUCCGAUUAUCAAGCUAAUAUUCCUGAUUACGAUCCCGGAACUACCAAAUACAGUGAUAAAGACACUGGAGGCAUGUUGGUGUGGUCUCCGUAUCAUAAUAUUGUUGACACUAAAUUGGAUGAAUACAUUGCCAUUGCAAAGGAAAAACAUGGCUAUAAUGUGGAGCAGGCUCUUGGCAUGCUCUUCUGGCACAAGCAUAACAUUGAGAAGUCCCUGGCAGACCUGCCCAACUUCACCCCCUUCCCAGAUGACUGGACAGUGGAGGACAAAGUCCUGUUUGAGCAGGCCUUUAGCUUCCAUGGCAAGAGCUUUCACAGGAUUCAGCAGAUGUUGCCAGAUAAAUCCAUAUCAAGCCUUGUAAAGUACUACUAUUCAUGGAAAAAGACUAGAUCCAGGACAAGCUUAAUGGACAGACAAGCAAGAAAGCUGGCAAACCGAAGUAAUCAAGAUGAAAGUGAUGAAGAAAUGGAGGAAGCUAAUCCUAUUGAGGCAAACGACAGUGAUUAUGACCCUACUAAAGAAACGAAGAAAGAGAGCCAUGUUGAGCCACAGAUAGUGAGCUCUAAAAUCAGCAUGGGUCGGCGGGACCAUCAGACCCUGCAACAUCGGCACCACUCACAACGCUCCAAGUGCCGUCCACCAAAAGGCAUGUACCUCACGCAGGAGGACGUGGUGGCCGUAUCCUGCAGCUCCACCGCUGCUAACACUGUCCUCCGGCAGCUCGACAUGGAGCUCGUCUCGCUUAAACGACAGGUUCAAAAUGCCAAGCAGCUGAACAGUGCUUUAAAACAGAGGAUUGAAUCUGGCAUUGAUGAAUACCGGCUACCUGAGUCCAACCAAAAAGUCAAUGCUCGCUGGACUACAGAUGAGCAGCUGCUUGCUGUUCAAGGAGUCCGCAAGUAUGGCAAAGACUUCCAGGCUAUUGCAGAUGUUAUUGGUAAUAAAACAGUGGGGCAAGUUAAGAACUUCUUUGUGAACUAUCGGCGUCGUUUUAACCUUGAGGAGGUGCUGCAGGAGUGGGAGGCUGAGCAGGGAACUCGUGCCCCCAACGGAGACAGCACAGCCUCUGGGGAGGAUGGAAAAAACAGUUCCAACCCACCUUCAGGAAAGAGCACAGAUGAAGAGGAGGAGGAGGGUCAGGUAACACCUGCCUCUGGCCCGUCUCCCAUAGCUGUAGCGUCACUGGCCAUGGUAGCAGGAAGUGGCAGCACUUCCUUAAAUCAGCCUCCACCAUUACUACGGCCCUCUCUGCCAGCCACUCCUGCACUGCACCGUCAGCCUCCACCCCUUCAGCAGCAGGCCCGGUUUCUGCAACCUCGCUCAGCUUUAAACCAGCCACCCCCCCUCAUUCGGCCUUCCAACCCACUCCCCCCACGCCUUAAUCCCCGCCCCGCUGCACCUGCCAACACAGGCAUGGGCCCACAACCCCCGACACUAGUGGGCAUCCCAUCUGAAAACCCGUCUUCCUCUUUGCACUGAGCAUGAGCAGCACACCCGGAAUUGAGGAAAGUGCUGCAUAACCAACAGUCCUGGACACAGAGCUGGACCUGAUUCAAUCUGUGAGAUGCUUUACAACACAGUAAAAAACACAGCCUAAAAGACACUGACUUGUCUCUGCCUCUUUGACCUUUGGCUCAGGAGGAAAUGGCUUAGGUCUGGCUCCACUUCCUGGACUUUUGAUUCUGCUGUGAUUCUGCUGGUACUUGCUCGCAAUCAGAAACUGAUAGUGAGUGUUCUUUUUUUCAUUUAAGUUUGUUAUAUAAGGGCUAAUCAAGUCCUGCUGUAUUUUCCUUUUCCUGAUGUAAGUUUUCAGUGCACAGUUGUUGAGACUUUCAUGUCAUCUGUAUAUAAACAUUAUUUAUUUUUAUACUUGGUGCUAAGGACUACCGACAGAUUAAUGCCUAUCGUCCAGAUUUUUCACCAUGAAAGUGCUCUUAAGGUUUAAGAGAACAUUGUAUUUGUUUUUAAAAGAACAUUUUCGACUUUAAACAUUGUCACAAGUCUUGAAUCUUUCCACAAACUACUGUGGGAUAUUGUACAUGAUAUAUGUAUUGUAAUGAACAGCUUAUUGCAUUUCAUUGACAGUGGUAUUAUGAACACUAAAAUAGCUGACAAUGUGAUGUCUCAAAGUUUAAGGUUCUUGUCAGUAAAGAAAUUAUUUUAUGAGCAUAAUUUUUAUGUCAUAUUUAAAUAUUAGGUUUAAUAUUUUGGUUAUAUAUUUGAACUUUUAUGGACAUAUUUUUAUUAAAAUUUUAGUUAUUAGAUUCUAUGAGACAUUAUUUACAGAACUACUUGUUUUUCAAUUAUUGACCAGGCAAACAGUCUGAUAACUAGUAACAAACAUGAGCACUUAUGUUUGACUGUCACCACUAUAACAAAAUGUGCAAGUCAUGGACCUGGCGGCUCUUCACUGACCCCAUUUUCAGAGCCACCGUCUUUAAAUUAUCUUGCACACUCAUUUUCAUCCAGCUGUUAUGAUUUAUUUGUAUAUGUUGGGUGUUGUUUUAAAAACCAUUGCGUAGUAUAGAUGAUUGAACCAGAGAUUAAGCUGUUGACUCAGUGUGUGAGUUCGGUCCCACGCCGGUAGUUUCUUACUAUACACCGUAGCAUACAUUUAUGUACCCUUUUAUGGAGAGGUGUUGUCGAUAAUUUUAUUUGCCUGUAUAAAACUGGAUACUUGUUCUCCAUUUCAUAAUCAUCAGUGUUUUGCUGUAACUCUACUAUGUUUUGUUAAUUCAAUCUGUAGAGAUUCUGGAUUUGUGCUUUCCCUGCAUGUCACUGUUGGUAAAGUCACUGCUGUGUCUGUAUUUUAGUAUUUUUUGUGUUGUAUUUUAUCUCAUGUAUGCUCUGUGGUUUGAUUUCAAUCUGUUUUCAUGUGACAACUUUAUAGUUUUAAAUGUAAAUCUCAGUGUACAUUUGUCCCUUUUUACACAAUUACCUCUUAGAAUGUCAAAAUUAUUUAUAGCACUUAUUGAUUAAGUAGGAACCACCUUCCUAGUGGAUUGAAACUAUCUCCCUGUUACACUUGACAGACAUAACGUCUACUUUAUCUGCAUUUCAGGCAUUAAAGCAGAAGUGUCCACACU